AUGGGCACCAAGCACGAUAAACCGAGUAGCUUGCAGGGCUACGCGGACGUGCAUGCUCAGAAGCUGUGGGCCGCGUUUAAAGGCUGCAAGCUGAAGCCGGAUAUGUCUUUCCGCAAGUACAUCGAGAUGCUCAAGGACAUCUGCAGCGAGCUGCGAAGGACGGAAGGCCAUCGCGGAUGGCUGCCACUGACGGCCGGCGCCAUUCCGGCGAAUCUGGGCGAGGUCGAGACCAACCUGAUGGACCUUGAGGUGGAGAUAGAGGCAUCAUCAUUGGCCGAGGUCCAGCCCGCAGUCCUCUUUGCCGGCAAGAGCAAUGCCGAGGGGGCCAGGUUCACGGGCGGCAUCGAUAACGAGAAUGACAGCUUCAGCGGCAGGAAGCUGGGUCACACCAUUAAGGAGUGCCACAGGGUGGGCCGGGACGGUGGCGGGGGUGGAAACACCUAUCAGCUAUCAAUAUUCAUGCUGGAGCUAUGCGACCAGCCAGAGUUGACAGCGGUGGCGUUGGAGCGGGAACACUCAACACAGGUGGAUGCUGUGGAGCUGGGCGGGUUGCAGGACCUCUGCUCCGGGGCGCAGAUGCAGCAUUCUUCGUUCUACGUAAUGAAGCCAUAA